UUUGAUGUCAUACGCCGAUCGGUCUGCGCAGCGCCGCAUGAAGUCGAACACGUGUGUUGUGGCGUGAUUGACACACGAUGAGGUGAAACCGCGUUUACUUCACGACAACGGUUGAACUUAUUUUUCGGUACAGUGGUCAGAAUGACCCAGGAUCACGUUCUCGCAGCUCUGAAAAAAGAUGUCAGAUCUCUGCUGAUAUCAGCCAAGCAUGGGCUGACCCCAGAACAGCUCAAGCGGGACUACCAGAUGAUGUUGGGAUAUCCCUUGCCACUGAGGGUACUGGGAUUCCACAAUGUUCUGGAUAUGGUCAAGGAAAUCCCUGAUGUUGUGCGAUUGGAGUUUAAUUUUGAUGGCAGCAUCAUUUUGAAAGCAAUUGGAGACGAAAACACCAAACGCAUCGAAGAGAUGGUUUCCAAGCAGCGUGACCACAGACCCAAAACCAAUAAUCGAAGGUUGCAAUCAAAGCCCUUUCAAGUCCGUUACCCGCACCACCAGCCAGUCGUUUUGCCUCGACGGGGUCCAGCUGUACCCCCGUUGCCUGCUCAUCUACGCAGCCAACUGAAGCAGUUAUUAUCUCAUGGCCCUGUCAGGCUGUCCGACCUAGAGUCCAGAUACAUGGCGCAGUUCGGAAAGCCGCUCAAGAUAACCCAAUACGGCUUCUACUCCAUUUCCGAGAUGCUGGCGGCCGCCAAUGACUUCAUAGUCAUGCGGCAGAGUCGCGCAGGAUCUCAGUUGCUUCUGAGGAACAAUGAUAAGCCAGAAAUUCGGAGGUCGGGUCCUAUCAAGCAACUAGCUGAGGUCAAACCCGUAGUCCUCGGUCCUAAAGCUACUUCACCAACAGAAAAAAACGUGAAGCGUGUUUCACAGGUUCCUCCUCCUGCUGUUCCUACACCAGCUCCUUUAAAGAAAGAGGACUCUUUUCAAAAAAUACUUUUGAAGCUUGAGGAGCAGCUCAAAGACCAAAUCCUUGAGAAGGGCACAGCUGGUACUGUCAGCCGCGAGCUGAAGGAUAAACUGCGAAAGGUUGUGGCUGAAAAUAACAAUGGUAUAUCCAUUCACGAUCUCCCAAAAGAAUAUAAGAGGAUGUACAGCGAGGAGUUGCCGGUAUCCCAAUGUGGCUUUCUGAGCGUGACGGAGAUGGUUGGAGCUUUAAGCGACACGUUGUCCAUCCAGCCUGGCAAAGAGAAAGGCGAAAACCACUUGAUCAUCGUAGAGUCCAAACCGGAUGACGCACAACCUGCUGAACCUGAAUUAUCACCGGGUCACGGCACCACUUCCAGUUUGGAUGCUGAAUCCCCAGCUUCCUCCAGUAAAGGUUAUUACUUUAGUUUCCCUCGGUCUGCCUGGGAGGGUGACGAAGCGGAGCUAUCUACUGACUCUCAAGAUUCAGAUUCUGAGCUCAGGGUUGCCAAUAAAACCAUCCAUGAGAUGGUGGAUCUUCUCCCAGUGUUAAUGGUGAGCCAGUGGACGGCGGUUCCUCCAGACGCCUUGCUUUGUCAGAAACUGAAGCCGCCGACACGUAGGAAAGAGAGAGAGCUGGUGCCAGUGCUGGUGGAACAGAUCGAGUCUCCUACUCAUUUCUACAUCCGCUUCAGCCAAAACAAGGAGGCCAGAGCUUUGGAGAACAUGAUGAUUGAAAUGAGGAGCUGUUAUUCCUGCCCAGAUGUGACUGAGAGGUACCGGCUGCCUGAUGCUUACGUCCGUCCGGGUCAGGUGUGCUGUGUGGCUCCCAGAGAUAUGUGGUUUUACCGGGUAGUGAUCCACGAAGUACUCAGUGAAACUGAAGUUAAGGUCUUCUAUGUCGAUUUUGGAGACAUCACCAAAGUAAAACGGAACAGCCUCAGAUUUCUCAAAAUGUGCUACGCUGACCUCGCAGCCCAGGCUGUCCCAUCGAUGUUAGCUGGAAUUCGACCAAUCACGAGCAGCUGGACUCAGAGCGCCAUCAGUUCUUUUCACAGGAUGUGUUGCGAGCGCACUCUAGUGGCCGCCGUCCACAGCUACCGAGAGAACUUCCUGUUGCUCUUCCUGUGUGACACAAGCACAGAUGAAGACGUUUACAUACACGUUGCCCUACAGGAGGAAGGCCAUGCCCUGCCCUGCACCACUGCUUACAGAUCGGUAUCUGGACAGUUCAAUCCGUUGAACUUUUACCUCGGAAAUGAUCAGCUUGAGGACAUCAAGGAGCAUGUUUCGCCUUUCACAUCGUGUCCAGCUGCCACAAACGGACAGAAUGCCGAAGUCCAUGCUCAUGGAGAACACGCUCCAACUUCUCAAAUGGUUUUUGGUUCUGAAAAGAGAGAAUCUAGCAUCCCCUCCAAAGAUGUCAAUCCGGUCUUGGACCUUCCUGAGCUGGAGGUUAUCAACAUACCUGAGAGUGAAAACAUAAAUCCGCUCAAGGUUCAGCAGGAUCGGAAGGAUAAAGAGCCAUUGUCCUGUGGUGAAUGGGAUCGUGGCUGGAUAGCAGAGGGAGAAAAAAGCGAUGAGAGGAAUAUCGAACCUGACGUCCAAUCCGAAGGAUUUAAACCCCUACCUGUUCAAGCACCAGCAGAUGAAACACAGAGGUGUGGAGCUCCAGCUGAGCCAAAACCGGUCGCGGCCAAAUCUGCCAGUCCCCCUCUUCUCCUCCGCAACCAACAACAGCCUCACCUGAUACAAACCAACUGUAGCUAUGCAGGUGUACCGGUUUAUCCGGUCCAGCCUCCACUUUCCAACUACAUGUUCCAGUUAUUCAGUUCUCCAGAGAAAACUGGUUCAAACUUUCUGUUUCAGCACCACACAUCUCCAUUUGCUUUAAACCCGGCCGUUCGACUCUCCGCCGGGCCACACGUUCUUCAUCAGUGGUGCACUAAGAAGAAAGCCUGACCAGCGAAUAUAUCUGUUAUGCACCUUGUGUUAAAUCAUUUUUGUUCAUUACUAUAGGAAUAUCUUAAAGUUUCUGAUACUGAAAAAAAUCCAGCUGUGUUCUUAAAGAAGCGAAGAAGAAUUAUGAACAUGCAGAUAAUUAUUUGUUCAGGUUAUAAAAUCUCUCGGGUAGCGGAUUGUUUUUAUUUUUAUAGAUAGUUUUAUUUUUGUUCGGUUCCUUGUUCAGACUUUUCUUUAUUAAGAAAUACUGUACGUAUUUUAUAAGAAAAUAUAAAAGUGAUAUUCACAUUCA